UAACUUCAUUUCCGGCUAUUUUUCGGCUUUGAUUGUGUAUUGUUCUUUUGUCGAUCUUUAGUUGCGGUGAUGCUAUCCAGAUCAGUUAGAGCAGAAACCCGAAGUAGGGCCAAGGAAGAUAUAAAACGAGUAAUAACUGCUAUCGACAAAGUGAGAAAAUGGGAGAAAAGAUGGGUUACAAUUGGUGACACUACUAUGAGAAUAUACAAAUGGGUACCAGUGUCUGCAUCUGAACCAUUACCUCCAAAUGCCGUUAGAAAAAGUUUGAAAGUAAGAUCAAACAUUAAAAAGAAAACACGAUCAGGCCAAGACAAUGAUGCUUCACAAGGAAGUGAUGUCAGCAAGGUUGUUAAUGUGAAUGAAAACAGCUCCUCCCAGCAUGUCUAUACAGAUGAAAAUACACAACAAUCACAACCAGAUUCCAUUUGCAGUGAUCAAGUCAGCAACAUGAACGAAGAUUCAUACCAAUCAUUUCCUGACAACAGCAACACAGGAUUCUCCCAAUCACAGGACACAGACAGCAACCAGACUGACAUGAGAAUUGCUAUGAGAAUGAUCACAGAUGAUAGAAAGAAGAAUUCAGAAGAUACAAAUGAUUCAGAACCACCCAUGCUGGAGAGAGAACAAGAUGAUCCACCCAAUAAAAAACCCAAAACAGAUGCUUGAUUUUAUAAAGGAGAAAUAAAUUAUACAUGUGUGUUAGAGUAAUUGGUCAUAUUCAUGUGUCAAUUGUUUUAGUUUUAUCUUGUACUGUUGCUUUUUUAGUGACUGUAAAUCUGUCAGAUGGGGAGAAAGUUCUCAUAUAAACAUGGAAUCAUCAUGCUUAGUGUACAGUGAAACAUGUGUUCAUAAUAAAAUAUUUACAAUUCCAA